AUGAAGAAAAUAUUCUUCGCACUUGCUGCGAUUUUGGCUGUUUCAGCAGCCUACGUCGUUCAAGUAGCUCCAGAACAUGAGAAACAUUAUCAUUUACUUGGAGAAGAAUUUUGUACAUGGGGUCCAGGAUUCUGGUGUAAAAAUAUAACAAAUGCAGCUCAAUGUGGAGCAACAAAGCACUGUAUUGAGAAACAAUGGAAAGAUAUGAAAGUACCCGAGGAUCGUGACAGCGUCUGUCAGAUUUGUAAGGACAUGGUCCAGCAAGCGAGAGAUCAACUGGAGAGUAACCAGACUCAAGAAGAUCUGAAAGCUGUAUUUGAAGGCAGCUGUAAAUUGAUGAUGGUCAAACCAAUUGUCGAGGAAUGCGACAAACUGGUGGAUCAAUUUAUUCCAGAACUGGUUGAGACUCUCGCCUCUCAAAUGAAUCCAUCAGUCGUCUGCUCAGUUUCUGGGUUAUGUAAUUCAGCAAGAAUCGAUCAGCUCCUGCUUGAAAAUGAACAAACUCUCAAGAAGGCUUAUAAAAAAAUAAUUCCAUUGAAAAAUGAUGAAAUCGAACCUGACGAGUGCUCUAAGUGUUUCACAAUAGCAACACACAUGGAAGAUAAAUUGAAGAAAACAUCGAAAGAUCAAUUUGUUGACAGACUACUCGUGGUUUGCGGACAUAUGGGCUCAUUCUCAGAUGCUUGCUCAUCAAUUGUUCUAGUUCACUACAGAGUAUUGUAUGACCAACUUCAGAAUAAAUUCAAUGCUAAAAGUAUCUGUCAUUUAUCUGGCCAGUGUUCAAGCGUUUUUCACCAACACGAGGAUGAAAGUGACCAGACUCCCAAGGUCGAAAUCCGUCCUCUGUCAAGCGUAGGAAUAGUUGAUAUUGGUGAUGAUUUGCCUUGUAAAUUAUGCCAACAACUGGUUGGUCAUCUGAAAGAUUUACUUGUUGCUAAUACAACAGAAACUGAAUUCAAACAAGUGCUUGAAGGUUUUUGCAAGCAAACUAAUUCAUUCAAAGAUGAGUGUGUAUCAAUUGUCGACCAAUACUAUCCCGAAAUUUACCAAUACCUUGUCAAUGGAUUAGACAGUAAUGCAGUUUGUGAAAUGGCCGGAAUUUGCCCAGCCCCUGGCCGAAAAUUGGAUCGACCAAUAAUGCCACUCUUGCCGACUGAAUCAGCUUCAGUAGCAAUCGAAAUUGCCAAGGAAAGAAAAACUAAGAAAGCACACAACUUGGGCGAAAACGGAGCGGAAGUAAAAAAAACUGAAGCAGACGAGAUGCAGCUUCCAACUGAUUUAUUAACUACUUCACUUCAUAUAUUGGGUAUGCCGAACAUGGAUGUAAAUGGACAAAAGACCUGUGCAUUAUGUGAAUUUGUACUUCAUGAAUUGCAAAAAGAAAUUACUGAGACAUCAACAGAAGCUGAAAUUGAAGAAGCAGUCAAUAGUAAAGUUUGUGAUAAAAUGCCUGAUGUCAUUGGUCACAUGUGUCACGAAUUUGUACAAACCUAUGGUAAUGCAGUAAUUGCUAUGUUUGUCCAAAAAAUUGACCCAACAUUGGUUUGUCCGUUGAUGCACUUGUGUCCAACACAAGAAGCAAUAAAGGAAUGGGAACAAAUCCCAGAAGAACACAUGAUCAAGAGUGAAGUCGAGGAUAAACCAAGCUGCCCAUUGUGUCUUUUGGCAGUUAAUCAGCUCUACAAUGUUAUCAAGAGCAACAAAACUGAAGAAAAUAUAAUAAGUGAACUAGACAGAUUGUGCUUACACUUACCACAAGAUCUGUCGAAACAAUGCGUUGACUUGGUUAAAAUUUACAGCAAAGAGCUUAUUGAUAUGCUUUUAGCAGACAUGACACCACAAGAAGUUUGUGUUGCGUUGAAAUUGUGUGACCCACAGAAAAACGUCGGCCCGACAAGCAAUUACCCAAUGGAUAAAGACGGCGAAAUUAUCAGCAAUGAAAUCCCAUACUUCUCACUUCAAACAUCAAAACCGUUUUUCUCGGAGAAAGAAACUACCAAGUGCGUAAUUUGCGAAACAAUUAUGGAGUAUUUAGAAAAAGCGAUGAGCAAAAAAUCAACUAGAGAUGAAAUUGAAAAGUUAGUUCAUGAAGUUUGCGAAUAUUUACCGAAGUCAGCGGCUAAGCAGUGUGAUAACUUUGUCAAUGAAUACGCGGAUUUAGUUAUUACACUUUUGUCUCAAGAAGUUAGUCCCCGUGAAAUCUGUACUCUUGUCAAUGCAUGUGAAGACAAAGUUCAGCAAAUAAUGGAAUCAGUAUCUGAGUGUGCAUUGUGUCAAGCGAUCCUUUCAUCGGUUGAUAAUUUACUAACAAAUCCUAAGGUUGACGAUAGAAUUGAAGAAGUAAUUAAUUCUGCAUGUGAUUACAUACCGCCGGGCAAACACGAUAAGUGUGUGAUGCUGCUUGAAGUUUACGAGCAGAGUAUUAUAAACUUGUUAAAAAUGAACGUCGAUACUAAAAAGAUCUGCACAAAAAUGUCUCUAUGUUCUUCAACAGACAUGUUUGCAAUGUCUCACGUUGAUUUUCGCAAAAACAGACUUCAACUUCGCAAUUUGAAUGUUAAGUAA